AUGGCUAAAACUCAAACAAAAGCUAUUAGGCACUCCAAAGUCCUUGCCAUUGAAUGCGCAGUAGCUCUCGCAGUCGUUCUUUUUGUUCUUUGCCGCUUUGUUCUUCCACAUAAAGCAGAAAUUUAUUUCUUCGCCGGUUUAUUGUGCGCUGUCAUAUUCUUCUUCUUAGUUAUUGCUGUUGGAAAUUACAUCGAAGAGAGAGAUCCAAGCAAGCACGCAGGCUGGGGCACAAUUUUAGUAUGCGAAGCAAUUGCAGCCAUCUUCUCUUAUACAAUUCACCCAAUUUGCAUCACAACAUGCAUUCUUUUCAGUUUCCCAGCUAUUGUUUAUAUUAAAUAUGCUCGUUUUGAACUCACAAAGCCAAAGUCCCAAAAAUAA